AUGUCCUCGGUGGCGGGUGUAAUAGAGUGAUUACGGCAGGGUCACUAGCGUUUGUCAUUAUCCAGUUAGACUUGUUUCUGUGGUUUUGUGAGUCCAGACAGGUUAGCACAGGUGAUAUCGUCAGUGAUUUUUGACUUUCCGGUGAUAAUAUGGCUCUACGCGUAUGCGGGACUUUUCUGCGUUCUUACUCGAGCCACGGCAAGUCAGUUCUCGGUGGACUCUCAUCCGUCCGGUUCAAAAGUUCCUGUCCAGUUCACAUCAGUCAUCUGGACCACCUGGUGCUCACGGUUCGGGACAUGAACAAAAGCACACAUUUUUACUCCAAGGUUUUGGGGAUGGAGGUCGUCACUUUUAAGGGCGACCGUAAAGCUCUGAGUUUUGGAGAGCAAAAACUCAACCUGCAUCAGGCUGGGAAGGAGUUUGAGCCCAAAGCCAAAACCCCAACACCAGGAUCUGCUGACCUGUGUCUGAUUACCAAAACCCCCCUGACAACCGUCGCUGCCCACCUCAAGGCAUGUGGAGUGACAAUAGAGGAGGGUCCCGUUGACAGGACGGGCGCUGUGGGUCCUAUCCGCUCCCUCUAUUUUCGUGAUCCUGAUGACAACUUGAUUGAAGUCUCCAAUUACCAACAGUAGACAGCAGGGGCGCUGUAUCAUUGCCUUAAGAUGAAUAUGAACAUGUACUCAGAUGCCUUCCCAAAGAUGUUUUAAACGUAAUAAUAAACAAGGUUUCAAAACAA